CAGUGUUGUUUCAACGAUCAAUACACGACGCUGACAGCGGCGUCAACAGCGUUUAACUCCAGCGACAGCAGCGCCAAGCAGUCGCAGUCGGCACCAGCAGCCGACAGAGCAGCUGGCAGAGCAGCAGCGCUUAUCUGUUCACAUAUAAACUAAAGUCUGUGGAAAUAAUUUCUCAUUUGAAAUUUAACAGUCGACGUGCGCGGAAGGCACAAAAUACAGAACACAACAAAACGCGUAAAGAUCGUGUAGUGUGAAAAUUGCUAACAACGAACGAUUAAACGAACAAAAAAUCCGCAAACCCAAUACCAAAAACAAAUAAGAACAAAAUAAAAAGCAAAGCCUAAAAAGCCCAGAAGUGCGUGUUCGACAGUUCGAUUUCGAAUCAAUUCCAUUGCAUAUUCCAGUCUCGUCCGCAGUACGAUUUAAGCUGCCGUUGCGUGCGGUUCUUUCUCUCGCUAUCCUUUCCACCUUCACCUACGUUUCUUUCUCUUUCACGCCUACGCUCUAUUCAUAUUGCACAUCGCUUUCUGUUGUGUGUUGCGCAUGCGCCAAAGUGAAAAGUGUUGAAAAGCAAAAAGCGAAGGAUUGAUUGCAGCGUGUGCUUUUGCGCGUGUGUGUGAGGGCAAAUUGUGCCGUAAAUUUUUUAUUUACGCAGCGUUCGCGUAAAUUAUAACCGUGGCGAAGGAAUUGGCUAAUUUGUUAACAUUGCAACAAACGAGAGCCGAAAUGACACAACAACCACAAUGGGGCAUAAGCUUAUCAAAGUAUUUUAUAUUACCGCAACGUGUGAUAUUGGCCAUCAUGGGCUUUCUGGCCAUCCUGAAUGCCUACACGAUGCGUGUUUGCCUCUCGCAGGCGAUCACCGUCCUGGUGAAGAAGAAGAACAGCACCGAUGAGGAUGGCAACGAUCAAGCGAUCUGUGAACCCGACGAUCUCGAUGGCGAUAGUGGAUCAGCCAGCAGCGGCGACUUUGAGUGGUCCGAGGAGCUGCAGGGUUUGAUCCUGUCCGCCUUCUACAUUGGAUACAUUGUCACUCAUGUACCUGGCGGUUUGCUCGCUGAGAAGUUUGGCGGCAAAUGGACUCUGGGUCUUGGCAUUCUCUCCACCGCUGUCUUCACCAUGCUCACUCCUUUGGCUAUCGAUUAUGGCGGUUCCGAUUGGCUGAUUGUCACGCGUGUCCUUAUGGGUCUGGGGGAAGGAACAACUUUCCCUGCCUUGAGUGUGUUGCUCGCAGCUUGGGUGCCGGCCAAUGAACGUGGAAAACUUGGAGCUUUGGUUCUGGGCGGCGGUCAAGUAGGCACCAUCAUGGGUAAUCUGUUGUCUGGCGUCUUUUUGGAGUCUUACCACUGGUCGUUUGUCUUCUACUUCUUUGGCGGUCUUGGCGUUGUUUGGUUUGUCAUCUUUGUCUUACUGUGCUUCAGCGACCCCAGCAGCCAUCCCUUCAUCAAGCCCUCGGAGCGCGAGUAUCUGGUCAAGGAAAUCGGUACAAUUGGCCGCAACGAGAGCCUGCCCCCAACACCCUGGAAGGCCAUCCUCACCAAUCUGCCGAUGUUCGCUUUGGUCUCCGCACAAAUCGGUCACGAUUGGGGCUUUUACAUCAUGGUCACCGAUCUGCCCAAAUACAUGUCCGAUGUGCUACAAUUCUCGAUCAAGGCCAACGGUCUGUACUCAUCCCUGCCCUACAUCAUGAUGUGGAUCGUCUCGGUGGGCAGCGGUUUUGUGGCCGAUUGGAUGAUCCGUCGUGGCAUUAUGAACACAACAAACACACGUAAAGUGAUGACUGGAUUGGCUGCCUUUGGACCAGCCAUCUUCAUGGUGGGUGCCUCGUAUGCUGGCUGUGAUCGUGUCCUUGUCGUGGUGCUCUUCACCAUCUGCAUGGGUCUGAUGGGUGCUUACUAUGCGGGCAUGAAGCUCAGUCCCCUGGACAUGAGUCCCAACUAUGCGGGCACCUUGAUGGCCAUCACGAAUGGUAUUGGUGCCAUCACCGGAGUCAUUACGCCGUAUCUCGUGGGCGUAAUGACGCCAAAUGCCUCGCUACUCGAAUGGCGUACUGUGUUCUGGGUGGCAUUCGGUGUGCUGUUCGUCACUGCCAUCGUUUACAGCAUCUGGGCUUCGGGAGAGGUGCAACCCUUCAAUGGAACGAUCGUCGAACCGACUACAUUGGACUUUGAGGCUCACGAACGUAAACCGGAGCUUAAGCUCAAGACGAUGGAGCACAGCUCGUAAACGGGAGAGCGCGAAAGAGCAGCAAAACGAUCCAAAGUGUUCAGAUUGCCAUAACUGUUCAAGAUCUAGUUUAUAGACAUACAAUUUAUACCGCAUCGUAUACUAUCGUAAACUAUUGUAUCCUAUCGUACACACCUACGUAGUACUUUAUAUAACGUCGAUAUUCUGUGCACCUGUGGAAUUUGUUGCUAUGUGAGAAGCUCAAGAAGACAUUUCUUAAUGUACACUCUAUGUAAUUGUUAAUGUAAUGUAAACAAAAACAUUGUAUGUAUGUCAAGCGUACAUCAUGGAUGCUGCUGAUCAACCACUUCAAAUUGCUAGUUUUAUAGUAUGCCACGCCCCCAACCCCUUUCCCCCAUACAUUUAUAGUAAUCUAUAAGCUUCCAGCUGCAGAUUCUCUAUCCUUUAAAUCGUUUUACUCACUCCACAGCAGCUAAGCGAAUUUACUUAUGUACAUUGCCUUUGUCUUUCCCCCAUUACAACUUUCCCUCCCUCCCACCAAACACUCCACUGUCUGCAGCAAUGUACUCUCUUAAUUAUUAUUUAGUAUUUAAUCGAAGAUAUAAAAAAGAAACGAAAUUCAGUUUUAGGCUAGUGAAAAUAAUUAAAUGCAACACGAUGAAAUGUUAUGUACCUUAAUUUGUAUUUGCGCAAUGUAAGAGAAAACAAAGAAGAAAACUUAAAACAGUUGAAA